AUGAGCAAUUCUGAGAGCCACUCUGGAGAGAACCAGACCACCAACAAAGUGUUCAUCCUGGUGGGGUUUUCCUACCUUAACAAGCUGCAAAUCCUUCUGUUUAUGGUGUUUCUUCUGACUUACCUGCUCACCCUGGCAGGGAACCUGCUCAUUACCCUCGUGAUAAAGGUGAACCCCUCCCUCCACACCCCCAUGUAUUUCUUCUUGGUGAAUCUGUCUUUUGUGGACAUCUGCUUCACCACCAGUGUGAUCCCUCAGCUGCUGGUUCACCUCUUGGUGGAGGAAAAGACCAUCUCCCAUGUGGGCUGUGCAGCCCAGAUGUACGUCUCCACCAUCAUGGGCCUCGCAGAAUGUUGCCUUUUAGCAGCCAUGGCCUACGACCGCUACGUGGCCAUAUGUCACCCUCUGCAUUACUCAACCAUCAUGAGUGGCCGAAUGUGUGCACUGCUCGCGGGGACUUCAUGGGUCAUCGGCAUCUUGGUUGCAGUAGCUCAGACCACGUGGCUCUUCAGCCUGCCCUUCUGUGACUCCCACCGCAUCCACCAUUAUUACUGCUAUGCCCAACCGUUAGAGACAUUGGUAUGCACUGACACAGGGAAGAAUGUGCUCGUGGGCUUGUCCAUGCUGGCGCUAUUUGUUAUGGGCCCUUUCUUACUGAUAACACUGUCCUACAUCCUCAUCAUCUUCACCAUCCUCAGGCUGCCGUCAGCAGCAGAAAGGCGUAAAGCCUUCUCCACCUGCUCCUCCCAUCUCAUGGUGGUGACUUUGAUCUAUGGAACAGGCCUUUUGGGUUACCUGAAACCCACGUUCAGCUCCAACCCAGAGGGUGAUCAACUGAUUUCCCUCAUGUACACAGUUGUGACACCCAUGUUGAACCCUGUAAUAUACUCACUGAGGAACAAAGAGGUUAAAGGAGCCUUUAGAGACGCUGUCGGGAAGGCCAUCUUUUCACGAGACCGGACAUAUUAG